CGUGCGCGUGACGCACGCCGACGUCACUGCGCCCGGCCCCGCCCCCUGCCGUCGGCGGGAAUCGUCCCUGGGUCUGUGGGAGCGUCGCGCCUAACGGGCUCUGUCAGGAAGCCACGGUGUAUGACGCCAUGGCCGUCGCCUCGGCGGGACUCACGCUGCCCGCUGUCGUGGAGGAGCUCCUGAGCGAGAUGGCCGCGGCGGUGCAGGAGAAUGCGCGAAUUCCUGAUGAGCAUCUAUCGUCGCUGAAGUUCAUCUUUGGCCCAUCAGCCAUCCAGGCCUUGGACCUUGUUGAUCGACAGUCCAUCACCUUAAUCUCAUCGCCUAGUGGGAGGCGUGCUUACCAGGUACUUGGAAGUUCUGGUAAAACGUACACAUGUUUGGCUUCUUGUCAUUACUGUUCAUGUCCUGCGUUUGCCUUCUCGGUGCUGCGGAAGAGCGACAGCCUGCUGUGCAAGCAUCUCUUGGCAGUUUAUCUUAGCCAGGUGACGGGGACCUGUCGACAGCUGAAGGUCUCUGACAGGCAACUGACUGAUGUAUUAUUCACGGAGAAGAAACAAAAAGCAUAAAAGGUAUAGAAUGAGCAUCAUUAUUUCUCAAAAUAGAAGUCCCACCAAGAAAAACGUGGUUCACAUGGAAGAGAGGUGAAAUAAUCUUCUGGAGACUUCUUGGUACGGUCCUUCUUCCCUCCUGGAAAAGAGUCUGUGAUUUGCAACUCAGGAUGUGUGUACGGUUCGAAGCUCGGUACCAUUCUCAUGGAAAAUCUGAACCAGCCUGUGAGGCCCUUGGAUAAAUGCCAGAGGUGGGAUCAAGCAUUUUAGACUCAAACAAACCUUAAUAUCACACCCUGUCUGCAAUUAGGUUAAGUUACUGAAGCACUUAGUAAGUUUUUAAGAGGUUGGAGUGGUAGAUGAAACUCUUAAGAAAAAGAAGUGUUACUUUUCUUUGGGUCUAGGAAAUUACUGUGCAGCAAUAAAAGACCAGAGCAGAGCUGUGGCUAAGCAGCAGCAACUAUUAAAGGACUCGGGAGUUCUAGUUUCACUGAGCUUCAGGUCCCUUUGGUGUUGAUGCCAGAAAAGCUUACGUAGGCAGUAUUGUGAGAAAGGUGUAUCUGAAGCAAGGAAAGGGCCGGUUUUGCUCUGCGUGUUUCUGAGCUUUAUAAGAAGCCAAAUGAAGGAAACCACUAAGGAUUUCCAUUCUGAACAAGAAAACGCAAAAGAGAUAGCAGAAGGAGAGUUUGGAAGGGAGGGAGAUGGACUUGUCUGGACCCUGAGAGGGGGCAAGGACAGAAUGGCAGUGAAGACGAGGACAUUUCAGUCCAGGAGAACUUACUAAGGAGAGCCAUUCACGGCCAGAAUGGGAGCCUGGAAGGCCAGGCAUGCUGUCUGCGGGGCUCACAGACCCUCAGUGUCCUUGUGUGGGUUCUGCAGCAGUGCACACGCAGGGGAGAGAUUGUAUGGCCCAGGAAACACGAGGUGCUGGUGCGGGAGUGCCGUGUGCCCGGCUCGCAGAUGGGGCUGCGUUCUCUGGCGGCCAGAGCCAUGGGUUUCAUGGAGGCGCAGCACACCAAAGCUGUCAGGACUUUCCUACUUGGGAAGCUUGGGCUGGGUAUGAAUUUCUCUUUUUAAGCAGUCUUCAGAAUAAAGAGUAGAAGGUAGAUUCAGCACCCUGAGCUUGUUUUGUUUUUUAAAUUUUAUUUUUAGUUCACAUAAUACACGUACACAGUUCUAGGAUUUUACUUAAUAAAAUUUUCACACUUGGGCUCCAGCAACUUGGCCAAACUUCAGCUUGGUAGAAAACUAAAAUUCACUGCCUAACUCUGGACAGGGAAGAUGCAGUCUGGUAGAGGAAGGAAUCCCAUUUCUCCAGUUUCUUCCUCUAGAGUAUGGCUUUGCAGUACGUGGAGAAGAAUGUUAUGAAAACUGAUAUUCUACUUCAGAUUUUAUUAGAGUAUCAUUUCCCCAAAUAAAUACAGCAGUUUCUUGACUGAACAAUUAAA